UGUCCCUUCGCUGAGUGUGGAACAUCUACCAACUGCGGAAUCUGUUCGAGAUCUCGUCGAUUUCGACCUCGACCAACAGUAUCCGUCUCUGCAGUUGUCAAAAGAUGUUUUACUUGUGGUGAGCCCGGACAUCUCUCCCGUUCUUGCCCACUGCGUAUCAGCAUCCGUCCUGCAACCCGUCCUGCGCCUUCUUCGGGAUCUCCGUUGAAGACUAACCAGUCCAAGGGUUCAACUGGAAAACCAGCGCCCCGCUGCCGUGUUUGUCGCACCUUUGAGCACCACCCUCUGGACUGCUCUCCGGACCAAUCAAGUAGACCUGCCAGGAGAAGUGUGUGGGAUCGACUCGGACCGCUCGUUCCUCGACCAAAAUGCUCCGUCAAGAAACACCCAUAUUUAAAGCACUCGGUGGAUGCAUUCAUGUUUAAAUAUCUGUGUGACAGAUUUCCCUAUCGACCCGGAUACGUCAAUCUGGAGUUCAAAAAUAAAGUCAAGCAAUGGAGAAUCAGUAGAGGGAAGAACCUGAAUGCCCUUUGGGAUCUUCCGAUCCGUUCCGACAUUGAGAUAGAUGUCCAGGACGUCUUCAAUCUUCGUGGUCUCUUUCAAGAAUCUCCAACAGCUCAGCCAUGUCAUGUACCCCAAUUUCUGGAAGAUACUGGAACUAGAUGUGCUCGCUGUCAUUCCUACUGCUGGGACUAUCCGGAUUUCUUCUACCUGGGAAGAACCUGGCACACCCGAAACAGUCUCAGUGCUCCGAUUAUACCUUGGAAUUAA